GAUGGGAAGAAAUUAAUCAAGAAAAUAUUCAAUAUGAUAAUAUAAAUAAUAUAUAUUUCAUUCCUAGUGCAACAAUUAAUAAUAAAUAUUAUAUCGUUGAUUCAUCUAUUGGAACAUGCACUUGUUCUAUGGCACUUGGUGGAUCACCUUGUAAACAUCAAGCGGUAGUUGCUAUUAAAUAUCAUUCAGGUUCUUUUAAUUAUAUUGCGGCUCUUACUCUUGAAGAUUUUGGAAAUCAUAUGCAUUAA